AUGUACACAGAGGUAAACAAGGUUCUUUUAUUCUUACACCAUUCACAAAAUUUUGAUAUCAAACAUGAUAUUGCCCUUAGAAGAAACAUUGCUGACAAAUGUUAUUUUGUUGAUUUAUUGAAAUUUCGGAUUGAUUCGGGUGAUAAUAUUUUAUUGAAUCAUUUUGACACGGCCUUUGGGAAAUCCAAAUAUGUACACAUAGAAUUUAAAAUGAAAUUAUUCAAGUUUUCGGUCAAGUAAUUCUUAAUGAUAUUGUAUCCCAAGUCAAUAAUUCAGUUGCAUUUUCUUUACUGGCUGAUGAAACAGCAGAUAUUGCAGGAAAGGAACAAUUAUCUAUUGGUGUAAGAUAUAUUGAUAUUAAUUAUGUAGUGCAUGAGGAAUUUAUUGGAUAUAGUGAAAUAUAUGUUUUGAAUGCAGAAGGUGUAUCAAGAAGUAUAUUAGAAUCAAAAGAAAAAUAUGGUUUAAAUAUGUUGAAACUUUUUGGCCUAGAAUUUGAUGGUUGUUCAACCAUGAGUGGUAAAAGAAAUACUGUACAGGCAAUUAUACGAAAAAUAUAUCCAAUUGCUUAUUAUUUAAAUUGUGCUUUACAUAAAUUUAAUUUAGUAGUUAGGGAUCAAAAUUCAAUUCUUGAAAUCAGAAAUACUAUUAGUACUGUAAAGGAAAUAAUUAAGUUUUUUUUAAAAAAAAAAAAAAAAAAUGUAUUCCAAAUAUAUUCAGAAAAAUACAAAUGUAUACGGCUAUUUGAUAAAAAUUUCAUUGAAAUUAAAAUUGUUCUUGAAAAGUUAUCUAUUCAAAAGCAAAUACUGUUAAAAGAAAUCACGCAUUCCAACUUCCAUCAGCCACAUCAAAUUAUACAUUUUUGAUUAGUUUAAAAGUAAUUGGUUUUUACUUUUCUGUUCUAGAACCAGUUGUGACCAAAUUACGAGGGUACAAGUUUUAA